AUGAACGCCACCACCGCUGCGACCCGAUAUGCUGACGUUAUUGCUUCGGCGACGCAAAUCUAUGCGAGCGGGCCGCCGCCGGUGCCGGGACUGCAUGUCGCCUCCAAUGACGGCAGUGCAUCAGGCGGCGGACGGGGUCGCUCGCUGUGGAAUUAUAUUAUCCCGACGGAUGUCACCACUAACAAAAGCCGUAAAGGUGACCGUGGAAACGACCAAAACGGAAGUCCGGGCAAAGACCGCGGCAAAGGUCCAUACAACCACCGCGGAAGGAGAGACUUAGGCGGACGUCCGGACGACAAUCGUGGAAGAAGCGGCCUAGGCGGAGGUCCGGACGACGACAAUCGUGGUAGAAGCGACCGAGGCGGCAGACCGGAUGGCGACCACGGAGGUGAUCGAGGAGGCAGUUCGGACGACGACCAUGGAGGAGGCAUUUCGGUCGACGACCACGGAGGAGGUGACCGAGGAGGCAAUUUGGACGACGACUACGGAAGAGGUGACAGAGGAGGAAGUCCGAAUAAUGACCGCGGAAACGACCAAGGCAGCGAUGCCAAUGAUAACAGGUAG